CGAAGCGCGGUACACCGCUUCAACCACGGGCCUGUAAUUCCCCACCUCUCUACCUCACCAUCAUCACCAUCAUCAUCAGCCGGUCCUCCAAUUCACUUUGGCAGAUCAGUCCGUCCGAAUAGAAAACAUAAACAGAACCGUCUACUGUUAAUUCCUGAUUCCUAAUACCCCCAUCACAUCACAUCACCAUGAAGUCCUGGACUUUCGCGGCACUCGCCGCUUCGACAUUAUUAUCGUUGGUUUCGGCAACCACUGUUGCCGCUCCCUGGGGCCAAUGCGGCGGUGACGACUCAUACAAGGGCACCGUCUGCCCAGAAGAAUACUUCUGCAGCAGUAUCAACAGCUAUUACUCGCAAUGCGUAAAGAACGGCGAGAAAUCACCAGCAGAGUACGACAUCCACGCCCACGAGCUCUUCCGGCGGCAGGCCGGGUUCACGCCCGUGACGGGAGCCAGAUCGGGCGGGAUCGUGCAGCGAAGGCCGAUCGGCCUGCUGCAGACCGCCGAGCCGGACGUCUUCAACAUGUUUAUCUGGGCUUUGUACAUGAUGCAACAAGUCUCCGAGACCGACCCGCUAUCGUACUACCAGAUUGCCGGCAUCCACGGCAUCCCGCAUAUCCCGUGGGGAGAGCCGGCGAGCCCAAACCAGGACUCCGACUACGGAUACUGCACCCACGCGUCCGUGCUGUUUGCAACAUGGCAUAGGCCCUAUCUCGCCUUGAUCGAGCAGAGGAUCUCGGCUCACGCUGUCAACGAGGGGAGGAAAUUCCGCGGUGCACAGGCGGGCAGAUGGCAGGCUGCCGCGGCGCGAGUCCGACUCCCAUACUGGGACUGGGCUCAGGAUGGCUCCGCGAUUCCCGCCAUCAUCAUGCGGCCGACAGUCACCGUAACUCGACCGGCCGCUGCCGGAGGACAACCGCAACAAGUCACCAUCCCCAACCCGCUGUACCAGUACCGGUUCACCAACACCCGGCUGAAGGCGCAACACUUUGGCGGCCUGCAAGCAGAAGCACAAUACACCCUCCGCCAGCCAGUCGACGCGCUCACCAGCGAGAACAACGAGGCGGACCAGCAGAUGCGGGCAAACUUCGCCGCACGCCGCGCCAACACCUUCAACCUCUUCAGCAUCCCUAAUUUCAGCGCGUUCUCGAGCAGCGCGUACGUCUCCGGCGGCGACCCGAACUCGUGGAUCUCGAUCGAGUCGAUCCACAACCAGGUGCACGCGUCGAUCGGCGGCUCCGACGACCCCCUCUCGGGCCACAUGUCCUUCGUCGACUACUCCUCCUUCGACCCGAUCUUCUGGUUCCACCACGCCAACGUCGACCGGCUGACCGCCAUGUACCAAGCCGCACGGCCCGGCACGGGCGUCACCCCGCAGCCCGCCACCGGCGUCUUCGGCCGCCGCGUCCAGGACGGCGACGUCGACGAUAUCAACACGCCGCUGUGGCCCUUCCGCAAAGCCACGGGCGGGUACUUCACGUCGCAGGACGUGACGACCGCCGCGUCAAUCUGGGACUUUGGGUACGCGUACCCCGAGGUGCCGACCACGUACCGUGGCCGCCCCGCAGCCGAGCUGCGCGCCUUCGUCGUCGCCCGUGUCAACGCGCUGUACGCGCCG